AUGCGAUCUUGGUCCACAUUUAGCGGCUUUGAACAAGACACCACACGCGGCAGUGACCGUUACAAAAUAAUCAGCUAUAGUGGCUAUGAGACUACCUGGGAACAGGCCCGCACUGAAUGCCGUAGACAAAUUGGCUGGGACCUGGUGAGAAUUGACAACAGAAAAGAAGACGAUGCCCUCAAAACUCUUCUUGCCGCACAAUGCAAUGAAGGAGGCGAUGGGUGGUUUAUAGGCGGAAUGUCGGAAAAUGGUGGUCUCUGGACAUGGGCAGAUGGGUCCCAGAUGACUUACACACAUUUCUCAGAGCCCUCGAUGUUAGGUUCCCGCUCCCAGUUACAAAUGCCACGCGAUACAUUGUCCCGAGACUCAUUGUCAACUAACACAUUGGCACGUGACCCAUUGUCUCGUAAGUCGGUGACACGUGGUCGUGGCCCUCUCCGUCGCCCUCGGUACGACAUCGGCAAUGUUCAGUAUGCUGCUAUUCUGAAAGAAGAACUAGAUUGGACCAAAGUUCCCUCCACAUCAAGCCUAAGGAUGGGGUACAUCUGUGAGAGAACAACCUGUUCAAACAGAUCUAGAUUGUUAUAAAUUUAAUAAAAACUGAUAACAUUUGAA